GGCGUCAGAAUUUUCUACAAAAGUUUGUGAAUUUAAACUUGUUUUGAACAUUAUAAUCGCAGUAACCAUGGAUUUAAACUCAAGUAAUCGAAACAGGAGUAACAUAGAUUACGGUGAGGGCUCUAGUUUUGACUUGAGCAACGACCAGAAGCGUAGAAGCUCUUCCCGUUCGAUCAAACGUAAGCGUUUUGAUGAUGAAAUUGUUGAAUACAGUCUGCAACAACCUCAGCUAAAAACCGUUGGCCGUCCCCGAACUAUAUCGCAGUCGUUUGGGUUUGGAUCUCCUACCGCUCCUGCUUCGACUUCUACCGCAACAAUUUCCGCACCUGUUUCCGUUUCACCGACGAUUGUUGAGCAAAAUAUUGUUGCACCAGUUCCUCCGAUGCCCUUAACAUCGGUGGCAGUUACACAACCGAUGCCGCAUCCACCGCCACAUGUGCCGAAUCCGGCAAGCAGCUUGCUUCAACAGUUGAACUCUAACGUUUCAGUCAAUGAAAAGAAAAAAGGCUUAAAAAAUAACAAGAAGAACAAGAAAAAAGGUGCUGGACAGACACCUGCCACGAAGGAUCUAGGCCGAUGGAAACCAAUCGAUGAUUUAGCUUUGAUAACCGGUAUCUUGCAAACCAAUGACCUUCGCAUGGUCCAUCGAGGAACUAAAUUUUCUUGUAAAUUCACGAUUCAUGAAAUGCAAGCUAGAUGGUCGUCCUUAUUAUAUGAUGAACCUAUUUCGAGAAUAGCAGUCGCCGCAAUGAGAAACCUUCACCCCGAAGUAGUGGAAGCCGUACAAAGCAAGGCACUCUAUUCAGUUGCAGAAGAGGAACUCUUGGGAACGAUCAGAUCAAAUUCUAAUCCCACUUUGGAGACUUUCCAGGAACUCUUGGACAAAAAUUCAACCAUAUUUUAUCAAGCUAGAACAGCAAAGGCUCUAUACGCGCACUGGCAGCUAAUGAAGCAAUACUCGCUGCUACCAGAUCAAUCGGUGCAAUCACUAGCGAAGAGCGACAAUAUUCUUUCAUUUUCGGAUGCAGAAGAUCUGAUGAACGAUGCUGAUUUGAAUGAGAAUCGUGAUGAAACACUGGAAACCGAGCUAGCAUUAGCCGAUCGGAAAAGCAAAAAGGAAAUACGCACUUUGGAAAACGAGCUCUCUCGUUGGAACGUAUUGGUAGACUCUUUGACCGGUAUUGGAUUUUCGCCUGAUUUCGAUAAUCAAACUCUGGCAGUCCUCCGCGGGCGGCUGGUGCGUUUUCUGAUGCGAUCCCGUGAAAUCGUGUUCGGACGCUCAACCAAAGACGGCGUAGUCGAUGUGGACUUCUCGCUGGAAGGUCCAGCAUUCAAGGUUUCACGUAAACAAGGAACGAUUAAACUGCGCAGCAACGGCGAUUUCUUCAUAACAAACGAAGGAAAACGGCCGCUGUACGUCGACGGCGCGCCACUGAUGUAUGGAAAUAAAACCAGAUUGAACAACAAUUGCGUGAUUGAGAUAUCGAAUUUGAAAUUUAUCUUUUUGAUCAACUACGAGCUGAUCAACGCAAUUCGCCACGAAAGUGCUAAAAUGAACAUACCAUUGAUUUAAGAGAACUUUAAGUCAUUGCCUUGGAAACUUUGCAAAGUAAAAAAUACGUGUUUAAGGCUACAACUGAUCUUAUUAUACUUGCUGGAUAAACACUUUUUAUUGUCAACGAAAGGAAUGUCAGCUAAUAUUCGCAUCAAGAAAGCUUCUGUUAACCCAAGACGCAUCAACCCACAAAGUAACAAGCAGAAAAUGUGAUAUAACUUAAUUUCACUCCUUCUCUGCACGUAGUAAUUCGCACUAUCGCAUCAUGUAUUAAGCUGGCAUUUUGCAGAAUAAAUGAAAAAUUAAUUGUAUA